AUGAAUUUUUUUCUGUGUGCUGUUUUAAUUGUGUUAUUAUUGUCCGAGGUCAUAGCAUCUCAAGCAUUUAUUUGUAAGGAAGCGUCUCUUUCUUGUCCUGUGAUAACUCGCAAUCAUCGCCGACUCAAAGGCUUUACGUUCAAAACAUUUCACUUUGCAAGCCUGAUAUCUUGUGGUUUGCAAUGUCAGAGAGACCCUCGAUGCGUUUCAACAAAUUUCAGAAAAGUUUCCAAAACUGGGGGAACCUGUGAGCUGAACGACAGAGGAGCCUUCCCUCUUAAGGAAGGAAAAGAACUGGAAUAUGACGAAGAAGCUAUUUACACUCAAUUAUAUGUCAAAAAGGUAACAAAAAUUUGUCUUAUCUAUUUUAAGUAAUCAUCCAUGCAAGAGGUGGGCAUCUUAAAAAAGUGUGUAUGUGUCUAUCUACUGGAACACAUCUAAAUAAAAGACGGACAAGCUACGAUCUUCUCUUUGUCACGAGAAGGGAACUAGCUUACUGAUGAAUUCUCUGUUAGAGGAAUAUCAGAACACGAAAGCCUCUGACCUGAGAUUUUAUUUUAUUCUUGACAUCUCAGUCUGGUAAAUACUUAUCUUUUCGACGUUAGAAGUAAACAUUUAUCAUCUGUCUCAGUAAUGCGUCUAUCCCUUGAUCCCUGUCAAGUUAUAGUAUGGUGCGAUGUCGGGUUUUCAUCUCUCUUUAUAAAUGCGAGUGGAGAAUGAUUAGCGGCGUUACUGCGAAUGUUGACUUAAAAAAAAUAAAAUAGGCUACUUUCCAAAUUUUCUCUAUCUUUAAAAAAAUGAUACUUGCAAAGUGUUCCGAAGCACUAUAAGAUUAAUUGUGUUGAGUCUUCUCAAAUAAUUUUGUGGAUUGAAAGAGGGUAACAGUUAUUUGAGACACAAAAUUGUAGUUUUGGCUUUAGGCUAAAAAUUUAAAGAUGAGUUUCUAUUUGAUGAUUAACAAGGAUGACUAGUUGAUUUCCUGAUUAAAAAAAAAAAAUUUUCAUGUCUGAGCAGCAUAACUGUCAAGUUUUCAAGGAAGAGUUCAAAGUCGUCAGCUACAGAUGUAAGUAGGGCUGAGUAGAAAAAUAAUCUUAAUAUUAAUGUCUAAGAUCCUGUACUUACACCACUGAGGAGUUACUCGUCUCAGCUGCCUCUUGUCCUUGUGUCAAGAAGCCUCCCGUCAAUGAGUGUCCCAUCGUGAUGAACCUCCACGAACUAUUUCUUGACCUUAUCUGCUUCCUUGAAAGUCCUCAAAUGUGGUUUUUAAAAAAAUUAUUGAACGGGAAAAUACUGCGAGGGUCAUUGCUCCACAAAAAAAAAAAAGAUGAAAAUAAUAAGAAGCUGUCUAAGACGUUUAAGAUCUGUAUUUUCCCAAUUAAAAGUCAUUCAUAAUUUCAAAUGCAAUUUGUGCUUACGGCAACGCAUUAAGCACAUAUGGGGAUUUUACGAGACAAUCCCUAUCCAAAAACACCUCUGGAUACUCCGAAGGUGCCUCGGUAUUAUAUACCGUCCGGGGGUACGAGAUGACCUUAACCAUGACUUGAAGUUUAGAGACUUUUAAUAUACGGAGAGUUCUUACCUGUUAAUUUUUUUUUCUUAUUUAAAUCCUUGAAAAGAAGUCGAAACUUUAAACUGCACUGAUUUUUAUACUUCUGUUCAAAUGUUGAAAUCAUCUGCAAUCAGCGGUAAACUUGUCAAUAUGUGUGAUUGUCUUUCUCUGUCUAAAAUACAUGUGUGGAAUCACCAAAAGGCCCAGUUCCCUUAGGUAUGGAAAAUGGAGUUAUUACUGACCCGCAGAUCACUGCAUCAUCCAUUCAUAAUUAUAAGCAUGGCUCGCAAAAUGCAAGGUUACAUUUCAAGGGAGACCCGUUGACGCAUGUAUCUGCUGGCUGGGCAGCUCGUCUGCUAGACACCAAACAAUGGCUGCAAGUAGAUCUUCAGCAUAUCACAAGGGUAAUAGGCAUAGCGACGCAAGGGAGACAUGAUUCAGAUCAGUGGGUUACUGAAUACAAGCUACAAUACGGCGACGAUGUACAAACUUACAGUGUCUACAGUCGAAGCGGAGACACAUCAGAAACGGUAUGAAUACUAAUGAAUUUUUGAACAAAAUGUUUUUUUUUCUUCUUGCUGGGAGGGUGGGACAACGAAAGAAAAUCAAGAGUCCCUAAUAGAGCAAUAGAACCUGAGACCUUAGAAUUCUUCACUUCAAUGCACUAACGCUACACCACAGCCACCUGACAGGCAGCUGGACUAUUACGAGGUCCAUCAUAUAUUCAAAUAUGAGCUUUUCUUUUUUGCUUUUGGUGGGUCUGAGACGAAGUCGAGUAGUAGAAAUUAGUGAGAUCAAACUCUGUUAGUUUAUAUCUAUAUUCAUUUUUGAUUGCUGAUGAACAUGUAGAAAAGCAUCAACUAAGGUUCUCGGUUUAGAGUUACCGCUCCUGUGUAAUGCAUACAUUCGUCAAUUUUACAUCCCACAAUAUUCUACUCAGGUUUUCCCAGGAAACACUGACAGAGACACGGUUGUGUAUCACGAUCUUAACCCGGUCAUUUAUGUUCGCUUCGUUCGAGUUCUCCCGAUGGAAUGGUCUCUUCACAUCGCAAUGAGAAUGGAGCUUUACUCUUACUCUUGUCAA